AUUUUAACAACUCAUAUUUCGAAUGAGAUAAGUUUAGCCACUUUGCCCAUUUUACUGCAAAUGAUUUAGAAACUUCACAAAAUUUUUGGGAAAAAUGUGUGUUCUUACAGCAAAAUCAAAUUCUUCAGGUCGGGUUGUUUGUUUUCUACUCAUCCCCGACUCUUAAAUAUAUAAGAGUUACUCGGCAUGUCUAACAUCAGAAAAUGAAAAAACAAACAUAUCCAAACAAAUAAGGUGUAAAUGUGCUUGUAAGAUAGAUAUUGGACAAGACAACCGGAAAUGGAAAGACAAGAAGGUUCCUCACCAAAACACAUUUCAGCAACUGACCCCUUGGAAGCAUUGUUGUGUCGCUAAUUGCAAGCACACUGACCCUCUCUGCCCACUAAAUCUCGUCCAACUCAGUUCUAUCUUCUCUUCCAUGAUCUCUGCCCCAUAAACAAAAAGACCAAUUUUAUCAUCCACACGAUCAAGAACUAUAUAUAUAGCUGUUUAUCAUCAACAUUUUAUCAUCAACAACCAUGUCUAACACAAGAUAUCCUGAUCACCAUUACAAUGCAGUCCACAAGAUACCUAACCACCAUUACCACCACCACUACAACCUCAACCAAAGAAAUGAUUCUGAUGAUGAAAUCGUUGUCUUUGAAGCUACUAAGUAUUUUGCAGCAGGAGCCAGUAGUAUUCAUCAAAAAUCAAUGCUGAACACCAAUAAGAAUAAUAUCAGGAACCAAGAUGAUCAACCAGUAGGAAGAAGAUCAAGAAUUAGUUUAGACUCUAGUCCUUUUAGAAGUAACCAAAGCUUUUCAUCAUCACAAUCUCACCGUCAAAAACAGACCAAAGAUCAGAAGGCUUAUUUAAAUAAAAAUAAACAACCCGUUUCUCCAGGUGGAAAAUUAGUAAGUUUUUUAAAUUCUCUUUUCAACCAAACUUCUUCGUCGAAGAAGAAGAAACCCACAACAUCAUGUAUCAAAUAUGAAGACCAAGAAAGUCAUCGUGAAUUAGGUUAUGGCAGAAGGAAAAGAAGAAGUAGUAUAAGCCAUUUUCCAAGCUUCAAUAAUAACAGCAACAAAAUAACUACUUCUACAGCUGCUUCUAUUUCUGAUUUGAAAUCAUCACCAUUACUAUUAUAUUCUUCUUCCCUCACUAGUGGUUUUAGAACACCUCCUCCAUUCAGUUCCAAAACAAAGAUGUAUCAGAAUUCAUCAUCAACAUCAGAUCUAGUUACAACCUCAAACCAAGAAUUUAUGUUUUCUAAUAACUUAUCAAAGCAUAGUGGAAGAGGUAGUUCUAUAUCAUUACAAGAUCAGAAGAUGAUUAAUAGAGAUAUGGAAACACUUGAUGUGCUUUAUGAAAAAUAUAAGAAAAUAAACUCCUUAUCAGAAAAACAACAUAGUAAAGAUAAAGAUGGGAAUACGGUGAUGAGGAUGAGGAGGAGGAAGGAUAACGAUAAUCAACACGGUCUUGAUAUGGAUGAUGAUAAUGGUGGAGAAAGUGAUUCAAGUUCAGAUUUAUUUGAAUUACAAAAUUAUGAUUUGUGUAGUGAAUAUUGUUCGGUAAGCGGUGUAAUUACCAGUUUAUGAAACUAUAAUACUUAAGACUUAAGUAGUAGGAUCCCAAUAAUCAUUGUUACCCUCUUGUUGAUUGUUUUCAUCAGAUUAAGUAAACAAGCUAGUGAAA